AUGGUCAAAGUAUCCAAGGGCCGAGGUCAAACGAAUUCCGAAGAACAGACAAAAGAUUAUGGUGUGGGUGGCUUUAGUGUCAAGGGCCUAGUCGGCUAUCAUUCGUUCAAAAGUAUUAUGGAUGGUCCCUACUACGUUCAAAUUCUUCAAGAUCACCUUAUUCGCAACGCCAGAAGGCAAUUCGGUCGACGAUGGCGAGUGCAGCAAGACAAUGAUCCGAAACACAGAAGCCGAGUGGCAAGGCAAUUCCUAUGCAACGAAGUGCCCGAAAUGAUCGAUUGGCCGUCGAACAGCCCCGACAUUAAUCCAGUGGAGAACCUCUGUUCGAUCAUCAAACGUCGUGUCGCGAUGAGAAAAGCCCUCAAAUCUCGAUGA